AUGAACAACCUCCAAUCUCUCAAUGAUGCCAAUAACAUAUCCUCUACACCAAAUUCGAGCGGUCCAAAUUCCAAUCAGCCACCCAUCGCUGAGGACGAAGACGAACCCCCUAGUAGUCCCCAACCGCAGUUUCAACGUCAGUCGUCAGUGCACCACAGAGAGGAACGUCUUCGUCGCUCUGCCACACUUCCUUCAUUACCCACGUUACAAGUGAAGGCCCGUAUGCAAGCGGUUGGAAUUCGUCAACCUCCUAGUAGGCAUGGUAGUGCCCUCAGUCAUGAAAACGCGCGUGUUGUAAACCACUCCGUGCGCAUCCCCGAACCUACCGUUAACCGUGUAUCCCCUGGGACUUCUGUACAUGGUGAAGGAAAUGUUAUGAUUCGUCGCGGUGCGACGAGCGUGUCCAUCGAACUCGGGAAAGCAAAACAGGAACCCGCUUUCAGCAAUGAUGUUCCUCAGUGCCACCCUCGCGCGAAACCCUCUCGUUUUCUGGCCCUCUUCACACCCCAGAAACAGUCAAUGGGCCCUGAACCGACCUACAUACAGUCUUUGAUCGCCCUUGUGCGAUACACUCCUCUAAACAUUUGUCUUUCGUUCAUUCCAGUUUCUUGGGUCCUUCAUUUUACGCACCAGAACGACACGAUCGUAUUCGUCUUUUCUUGUUUGGGAAUAAUUCCAUUGGCCGCGUUGCUCGGAUUUGGUACAGAGCAGAUUGCUUUGAGGACUAGCAGUACUGUCGGUGGUUUACUGAACGCCACGUUGGGUAACGUCGUGGAGAUGAUCAUUGCCGGAAUUGCCUUGAAAAGAUGUGAACUAGAACUGGUGCAAAGUUCCCUGCUCGGUGGACUUCUCAGCAAUCUUUUACUUGUUCUGGGUAUGGCGUUUUUGGUUGGUGGAUACCGCUUCCACCAGCAAGAAUUCCAGCCCAUGGUUGCCCAGCUCAACUCGUCAUUGAUGACGGUCGCGGUUAUUGCCUUGAUCGUUCCCGCUGCUUUCCACGAAUAUCUUGGCGACAGGCUUCCUCAGGGUGAAGAAUAUCAUGUUCUACUGGAGUUGAGUCGAGGUAGCGCAAUCAUCCUUAUGUUGAUCUACUUCGCAUAUCUCUUCUUCCAGUUCUACUCUCAUAAUCACCUUUUCCUCGACACCGUACAGUCAUCUCCCCGUUCCUCCUUCUCCUCUGUCGAUGAAACUCUGCAGCCUCGAGGUGGUCGCGAUGUCGAAUCCUCCUCUCAUUCUUCCAACUCGGAGCUCGAGUACGCAAAGCUGAACACCCCUGUUGCGAUUAUGGUCCUUAUCGCCACUACUGCCUUGGCGUACGAAACUGCGGAAUGCCUCGUCGAUUCUCUCAGGGGCCUUACCGAGGCUAACCCCUCCGUUUCGAAGGAGUGGUUGACUUUGAUUGUUAUACCAAUCAUAUCCAACGCUGCAGAACACACUACCGCCGUCGUUGUCGCUCAUAAGGGUAAAUUUGACUUGGCGAUGAGCGUCGCGGUAGGUAGUUGUAUCCAAAUCGCACUGUUUGUGAUUCCGCUGCUAGUGCUUGUGGCCUGGGGUAUGGGGAAACCAUUGACGUUGCUGUUUGACGAAGUUGAGACCCUGGUUCUCUUUCUAUCUGUCAUUCUGGUCAAGUUUUCCAUCGAGGAUGGGAAAUCUCACUGGAUGAGCGGCAUUGUGCUUAUCGCCGUUUACGUGCUGAUUGCGUUGUCGUUCUGGAACUUCCCAGUCGCGACUAGGUUGUUGCAGGGUCAGCCUUUGGUUUGUACCUAA